UGUCCUGUAAACCUUGAGAACAUCGAAACAAUGCGUGCGAGCCAGCAUAUUCCAAGCCAGCCCGUAGGAUUUUCUCCUAGGAAUCGGGAUGCUCCUAAUGUUCCUGCAUUCUGUGGUCUUAACAUCGCCGUCAAGACUACGUCGAAGCUGGACAAAUAUCCUGCGAAGCAACAUGCCCUGAGAGUUGCUCAAGCUCUAAACGUGGACCAGGGUCUGAUCUAUCUUUCUGGUACACAGACUGUCAAUUGGCCAGACAGUGAUCAACCUCGUGCCUUCAGACAAGCUCGUUAUUUCUUGUAUUUGAGCGGAUGUGGAGAGUCCGAUUGCUUUCUUACUUACGAUAUCGCCUCAGACAAAUUAGUCUUGUGGUUGGCAGAAAUCGAUCCACGUAAGGUCGUGUGGACGGGUAGAGGAUCAAACGUCCAGGAAGCACUUGACAAAUACGAUAUUGAUGAAGCUCGAUUCACACCAUCGCUUGAACACUUUCUCAAAAAGUGGGCCUCCCAAGAUGAAGGGAAACUCUAUCUUCUACAUCACAACGAUGCUCUUUCCAAAAGGUUUUCCUCUAGGAUCAAUACCAAAGAUCUCCAACCCGCAAUGGACAAAUGUCGUGUAAUCAAAGAUUCACAUGAGGUUGCACUAGUGAAGAAGGCCAACCAGAUCAGCGCUGCGGCCCACGAGAUGGUUUUACGAAAGCUGCGUUCGUUCAAGAACGAGGCACAGGUCGAGGCCGAAAUUCUGGAAGUCUGUGUUGCUCACGGUGCCAAACACCAGGCGUACGAUAUCAUAGCUGGAUCUGGGUCCAAUGCCGCCGUACUACACUACACAAAGAACGACGAGGACUUUGGAGAUCGUGAAAUGAUGUGUCUCGAUGCUGGAGCUGAAUGGCAGGGAUAUGCAGCGGAUGUCACAAGAACUUUUCCACUUUCUGGCAACUGGCCCUCCACGGAAUCUAAGCAAAUAUAUGAUCUGGUCCAGCGCAUGCAAACGAAGUGCAUGAAUAUGCUUGGACCUGGAAAGCGGUUCGUUGAUGCCCAAUACCUCGCACACAUGGUGGCCAUUGAGGGCUUGCUCGAGCUAGGCAUUUUCCACAAUGGCUCGAAGAUGGACAUCUACAAGGCAGGAACAUCUGUUGCUUUCUUUCCUCACGGCCUCGGUCACCAUAUGGGUCUGGAAGUGCAUGACGUGUCGACAGUGCUUACAAAAAGCUCCGCCACUCAUGCGGACAACGGCGUCGCUUCCGAGAUCAUCCAACAUAUCCCCAAUGCAGAGACACACGAGGAGCUCAGAUCUUUGUCGGCCAAUAUUGUUCCCGAAGUAUGGACCAGCGCACUCAGCGAGACAGGUGCGCCCGGGUUGCAGCCAGGAAUGGUCAUAACGUGUGAGCCCGGGAUUUACUUCAACCGCGAGGCGCUUGAGACGGUUUUCCUGCCUUCGCCAGUACAUUCAAAAUACAUCAAUAAGUCAGUACUGGAGCGAUUUAUGCCAGUUGGUGGAGUAAGAAUUGAAGAUGAUCUUCUGAUUACAGAGAACGGAUGGGAGAACUUGACAACAGCGGCGAAAGGAGAGGCUGCGCUCAAGAUAAUUCGUGGUGAAGCAUAGUGUGUGUGUAGAGGGGUAUCGUCCUGGACCGCUUUCAGUACUACCACCUCCAUGUGCGCUCAACUUUGUCACGCGUAUAGCUGUAGAAUUGCACGAUUUCAACAAUUUCAGAGGUAGCCUCCAUUGAGAGCGUGAUAGUUAGCGCCUCUCUACGGACGGCUAGAGCGAGAUCGAAAGCAUUGUGCAUUUCUGCAGACCAAACAACCCCAGGCAUGGCCGUGGGAGAUGGCGAGAAGUGACAGAAUUUAGCACAUGGUGAGGAAAUAUUCCGGGAAAGACAUUGUCCACAGGCUCCUCAUGUACUGAGGUCCGUCACGUAGGUAGCGGUUGAGAUAUCGGGAUCAGACUCGUGUCCUAUGAGUGCAUAUCAGAUAGCUCACCCCUGUGGACGACCAUGAUGGAAGAAGAGCAUCGUGCAUCUUCGCGGCUUUGACGUUUCUGAGAAAUGAUUGCAUGAGGAUGUCGACGGGGGUUGAGUUUUGCACACG